AUGAAUUAUAUUGUACAAAAACCUAGUACCUCAACGCGUAGUGUAAAUAUGGCUUUUCUAGUGACCCCGAAGCAUAGCGACACUGCAUGUAGUCCUUCUCUUUGUCCAAAACUUGAUGGUGUUGCUAUGAUGCGCGCCUUCCAUUGGCUGUAA